GGCUUGUUUUCCUGGAGGGCCGGGCGGGGCAAGCAGGAAGCCCCGCGGCGACGCCGGCCCGCGCGUAAUCGCCCCUCGCCACCUGCGCUCCCCAGGCGAAGAUGCAAAUGGCGGAGUAUAAGCGAGCUAUGUUUCAGGACGACGAAGCAGCAGACACGGCUGGAGAUGGAAGCAUCUCUCCUGACAGCGUGGAGGUGGGCUUCAGGAAAAGCGAUGGCCCCCUGCUGAGUCGCCUGGGCUCCCGAACCCAACUCAAGCUGGUGCUCUGUGCCGUCUCUCUCUUCGUGGUGCUGCUGCUGCUGCUGAGUUCGGUCAUUGCCAUGGGCAUCCAGUACAGGAAAGAUCCCUCGCACACCACUUGCCUGACUGAAGCUUGUAUCAUUGUGGCUGGCAAAAUCUUGGAGGCCCUGGACCGAGAGAUCAACCCCUGUGACGAUUUCUACCAGUACGCAUGUGGGGGCUGGAUCAAGCGGAAUCCACUGCCCGAUGGGCGUUCCAAGUGGAGCACCUUCAACAGCAUCUGGGACCAAAACCAGGCCAUCAUGAAACACCUGCUAGAGAAUGCAACUUUCAACUCCAGCAGCGAGGCAGAGAGGAAGACCCAGCGCUAUUACUUGUCUUGCCUUAAAGAGCAGAAGAUUGAGGAACUGGGCUCCCAGCCAUUGAUGGAGCUCAUUGAGAAGAUUGGAGGCUGGAACAUCACCGGCCCAUGGAAUCAGAGCAACUUCAUGGAAGUCCUGAAACUGGUUUCGGGAACAUACCGGGCUUCUCCAUUCUUCACCGUUUUUGUGGGUGCUGAUUCCAAGAGCUCCAACAGCAACAUCAUCCAGCUGGACCAGUCAGGACUUUUCUUACCAUCGCGGGAUUACUACCUGAACAAGACAGCCAACGAAAAGGUGCUGGCUGCUUACCUGGACUACAUGGUGGAGUUGGGGAUGCUGCUGGGCGGGGCCAGAGCUUCGACGGAAGAGCAGAUGCAGCAGGUGCUGGACCUGGAGACCGAGCUGGCCAACCUUACUGUCCCCCAAGACGAGCGGCGGGAUGACGAGAAAAUUUACCACAAGCUGAACAUCGCCGGGCUGCAGGUUCUUGCCCCUGCCAUUGACUGGCUAGACUUCAUCUCCUACUUCCUCUCACCACUAGAGCUAACCGAGGCUGAGCCUGUGGUGGUUUAUGGCAGGGAAUAUUUGCAGCAGGUGUCCCAGCUUAUCAAUAACACCGACAAAAGCGUCCUAAACAAUUACAUGAUCUGGAACCUGGUUCAGAAGACAGCUUCCAGCCUGGAUCAGCGGUUUGAGGCAGCCCAGGAGAAGCUUUUGGAGACCCUGUAUGGUACCAAGAAGUCCUGCACACCCCGCUGGCAAACUUGCAUCUCCAACACUGAUGACACUUUGGGCUUUGCCCUGGGGGCUCUGUUCGUAAAAGCCACCUUCGACCGGCACAGCAAGGAGAUUGCAGAGGACAUGAUUGCUGAGAUACGCACUGCUUUCGAGGAAUCGCUGGACCAUCUGGACUGGAUGGACGAGAAGACGAAACAAGCCGCUAAGGAGAAGGCUGACUCCAUUUACGACAUGAUCGGCUUCCCGGAGUUCAUCCUUGAUGACAAGGAGCUGGAUGAUGUCUAUGAUGGGUACGAAGUCUCAGAAGACUCCUUCUUUCAGAACAUGUUGAACUUCUACAACUUCUCGGCCAGGUUCAUGGCAGACCAGCUGAGGAAGCCCCCCAACCGGGACCAGUGGAGCAUGACCCCUCAGACAGUCAAUGCUUACUACUUGCCCACCAAGAACGGCAUUGUCUUUCCUGCAGGAAUUCUGCAGGCUCCUUUCUACGCUCACAACCACCCCAAGGCCCUUAACUUUGGAGGCAUUGGCGUUGUGAUGGGGCACGAGCUCACCCACGCUUUUGAUGACCAAGGCCGCGAGUACGACAAAGAAGGGAACCUGCGUCCCUGGUGGCAGAACUCAUCUCUGGAGGCUUUCAAGAACCGGACGGCAUGCAUGACGGAGCAGUACAACAAGUACCUUGUCAACGGGGAGCAUGUCAAUGGCAAGCAGACCUUGGGCGAGAACAUCGCUGACAACGGGGGGCUCAAGGCAGCCUACAACGCUUACAAAGUCUGGCUGAAAAAGAACGGGGAGGAGAAGCGCCUGCCAUCCAUGGACCUCACAAGCCACCAGCUCUUCUUCUUAGGGUUUGCACAGGUCUGGUGUUCGGUGCGCACCCCGGAGAGCUCGCACGAGGGCCUGGUGACCGACCCACACAGCCCGGACAAGUUCCGCGUCAUCGGCACCCUCAGCAACUCGCGGGACUUUGUAGAGCACUUUAAAUGCCCUGUCGGCUCCCUCAUGAACCCUGGGAAGCACUGCGAAGUGUGGUAGAGAGAGAGAGGCGGCCCUUGGCAGGAGUCUGUACAUACACACAACUUGCCUGUGCUCAAAACCCAGCCCAUGGGGGGGAGGGUGGGGGCCGGCAGUCACAUUUUUGGGGUGCUACUGGCGGUUUUGCCUCAUCAGCUUUGGUUCCCUUUACGGCCCUAGGAGAAAGGUGAGCUUAACGUGAACUCCCCCCCCCCACGCUUCAUGGGGUGGUGUGCAAAAGCACAGCUUCGCUUGUCUUAGCUCGCCCCACUACCUGAUCCAUCUUCCGUGGAUUCUGCGAAGGAUCUCCAGCUCUCCUCCUUCAGCUAUAGCUCUCCUGUCUCCAGCUUCUCCAGGAAACGUCUCCCCGAUCCUCCUCCACACCCCACCAGGCUGGCCCCAAUGCCUUUGGCUUCUCGCUCUCUUUUGUUUUGCUCGACCGCUUGCAGCAGCUGCAGAGAGGAUGGACCCCCCGGUCUUUGUAAACUGCUACUUUUAAGGGUGGGGGGUCUUGGGGUGGCCAGGCAAAGGAGGGUACCACCGUCUACUAAUGCACUUCGACUAGCAGUGGGGAAGUUGUGCGCCUCUUCAUGCUGCUGGGCUCUGACCCCCAUCUGCCCAAGCCUGCAUGGGCCAAACAGUCUGGGGUGAUGGGCGGUGUUGUCGUUCAGCAACAUCUGGAUGGCUACAGGUUCUUGACCUCCAAGCUAGGUACUGCGGGGUUUUCUUUGGAGGCCGGCAAUGCUGAUUCAGUCGAGGAAUUUCCAACCAUAUAGCGGGACUAGUUAUGAAAGCUCCAGGUAUAGCAAAAGAGCCUUUGAAGCUUGAGCAGGGAGUGGUGCAUUGGAAGAUUUUGGCUGCAUCAGAGCAUAUAAUCAGAGAAUUGUAGAGUGGGAAGGGGCCCCCAGAUGUCAUCUAGUCCAACCCCCUGCAAUGCAUGAAUCUCAGCUAAAGCAUCCAUGAUUGAUGGCCAUCCAACCUCUGCAGGAUUCAUCCAGGAUAGUGUUUUAUUUCUAUCAGGCUAGGGAGCUUACAGGCAGAUCAUGAAGGCAGCAACCCAUUCCUGGCAUGGAGGUAUACUGGCUCAACAUGGAAAUUAUUAUAUUAUAUCUGUAUAUUACCCUUCAGCCAAAGACCCCAGGGUGGCUCACAACAAAAAAAUACAAAAUGAGAACACAAAUACAUAUUAAAACAAAAAGAAACCCAAUAGCCCAACAAAUACAUUUAAAAGGCUGAAGAUCAUUUAAUCAGCUGCAAACCUGGUUAUAGUUAAACACUUUCACCCGGCACCUAAAGAUAUACAGUGGUACCUCAGUUCUCAAACAAUCCGUUCCGGAAGACCAUUCGGCUUCUGAAACAUUCGAAAACUGAGUCACGGCUUCCCAUUGGUUGCAAGAGCUUCUUGCACUGAGUGGAAGCUGCGUCGCAUGUUUGAGUUCUGAAAAAUGUUCAAAAACAGAAGCAUUUACUUCCGGGUUUUUGGCGUUCAAUAACUGAAACAUUCAACAACAGAGGCAUUUGGGAACCGAGGUACCACUGUAUAAUGAAGGUGCCAGGCGAGCCUCCCUGGGGAGACCAUUCCACAAAUGGGGAGCCAACACAGAAAAGGCCCGUUCUCACGUUGCCGCUCUCCAGAACUUUUUGCAGAGGAGGCACACGAAGAAGGGCCUCAGAUGAUGAUCAGAGGGUCUGGGUCAGUUCAUAUGGGGAGAGGUCCCACUUAACUAAAAGCAGAUCUAUCCUUCAUUGUCGUUAUCUCUCUCUUUUUAAACACACAAAUAAAUUGCCAUUUCAUCCAGUGGCUUUCCCAUGCAGCGCAAGGGUGUGCAAUGUAGCUAGGAUUUGUAUGCCUAUACCGUAGUAUGGGGGACGCAGGUGGCGCUGUAGUGUAAACCACAGAGCCUAGGGCUUGCCGAUUGGAAGGUCGGCGGUUCGAAUCCCCAUGACGGGGUGGGCUCCCGUUGUUUGGUCCCAGCUCCUGCCCACCUAGCAGUUUGAAAGCACGUCAAAGUGCAAGUAGAUAAAUAGGUACCACUCCAGUGGAAAGGUAAAUGGCGUUUCGGUGUGCUGCUCUGGUUCGCCAGAAGUGGCUUAGUCAUGCUGGCCACAUGGCCUGGAAACUGUCUGUGGACAAACGCCGGUUCCCUCAGCCAGUAAAGCGAGAUAAGUGCGCAACCCCAGAGUCGUUUGUGACUGGACCUAAUGGUCAGGGGUACCUUUACCUUUACCAUAGUAUGGGUGCCUGGCCACAACAGCGAGUGCAGGGACGUGGCUCUUCCAUUUUCCUACAAAGUCAAAUAUCCAAAGCAGCAGCAAGCCUCUGGCCAGGGGACACCUUCCUCUCUUGCUAGCCUGGGCUAUGGUGCCAUCUCGCCGGUAUUGUGCAGCAAAGGGAGGUGCCGCAUCACCUACGUGUGCGCACAAUCCCACCCAAAUCACUGUGGAAUGAUGAGCCUCUUUCUGGCUAGUGUUGCACCUACCAAGCACCCCACUCCUUCGCAAAGAGAAAUCCCCACCUCUUGCCACCAGAUCCCUUGGGCAGAUCCAGACCACCUUGUUGAAAGCACACAAAUCCACAGCAGCAGCUGGGCGUUAAGGAGACUGAUCCCAGGAGAGAUGGGAGAGGGAGGACCCACCAGAUCACUUCGGAGAUGUUUCCUUUCACCCCUUUUCCAGGAUCAUUACUGAUCCAAAACUAGCUUGGCUUAGAGAUUUUCCAAACUUUUGCUUCCCAUCUAUCAAGCUUGGUGGGGAAUAGUGCCUUGGAUUAGAAUGUGUGUGUGUGUAUGUGUGUGUGUGUGUGUUGGGGAGGGGGGGAUGCUGUUGGUGUAUUUAAUUAUUAAAAGCACUUUCCGCUUGGUUA